AUGUCUCAGCAGGAAGCCUUGAUCGCUUUGACCGAGGGGCUCUUACAGGAUGCUCGAGACCUUGUUGCGACCGAUGCCAAGCUUGUCAGAUCGAGAAUGGCCAUGAAGGCUAAGAAGAUCCUUCAACUUACUGCAGGGCCAGACGAGAUAAUCGGAGGCCUUGCUGUUGCUAUGGCUGAGAUUGGUGCACUGAACCAGUACAUGGAAUGGAAGUUGUUUGACGUUAUUCCGGACAAGGGUGAUAUCUCAUACGCGAAACUUGCUGAAUCGAUCAAGGGAGACGAGAACCUCGUUGGCAAGUCACGUCUCUUCUCAUCAUCACGCCUUGGCGGCGUGAUGGUGUCAACUGGUCGUCUUGUUCAAACAUCAACGGGCCACGUCGCUCACUCAGCAACCUCCCCAAUGUUUAAGCACAAAAGUCCACCUGGGAAUCUCUUUCGAGUCAUGUUCGACCAUGGACUUCGUGGAUACACGCACUGGAGGAAAUAUUUCGCCAAGUAUGGAAACCACGAGCCAACAGGGGUGUCUCAUAAUCCAUACACCUUCGCCUGUGGCCAACCUGAACUCACUGUUUGGGAGCAAGCAGAUCACCUUGACCCGGAGAGAGCAGAGAUCUUUGCAUCUGCCAUGAGAUCUGCGGGAUCAAUAGCCGGGAAACAUGGGGGGCCAGCUUCUAUUUAUGAUUUCUCAUGGCUUGGAGAGGAAGCAAAUUCCAGCUCCACUCAAAACCCGUUGAUAGUCGACGUUGGUGGAAGCCAUGGAGAUACGCUCAAGCAUAUCCUCCAAGCCGUGCCAAGUAUUCCUCAAAGCCGGUGCGUGCUACAAGACCGACCGGAUGUCAUUGAUGAGGUAAUUCGAACGGAUGAUGAGGGACUGAGGGAUGUCAAAAAGAUCGGCCAUGACUUCAUGAAAGAGAAUCCAACCAAGGACGCCAUGGUAUACCUCCUUCGCCGCGUGCUUCAUAACUGGUCAGACCAAGCAUGUGUUGAAAUCUUGACGCGUCUCCGCUCCGCUUUGCCGAGGGAUGAGCCGCGCGCAAGAGUGCUUAUAAUGGAACAUGUCGUUUCGGACCCGCCCUCCGUCAGGAGCGCCGCCACCGAUAUGAUCAUGCUCAACAUUGGUGGCAAAGAGCGCACCGAACAGGGAUUUGCCAAGAUCGCCAAGGACUCUGGCUUGAAGAUUGUCAAGGUGCAUCGACUGGAGGGAACCGAAAUAGGAGUUGUAGAAUGCGCAACUACUUAA